UUUAUAUCCAACUCUCACUUAGUGUUAGAAUCCUGUCCGUUACACGCCAUGUGCAUUACUACGACUACGACUAAAUAAAUGUCUUAUUCGCCAACAGCGUCCCCUAGUGGUAUUCAAAACACAUUUGUGCUGUCCUAUAUUCCAGCGCAGGACAGGAUAACGCACAGGCAUGUUCAGAGCGGCAUGACACUCGUGUAACUCUGUCGGAUUAUGGAAAGUUUAGGCAUCCAUCAAAACAUCUAGGCUCCAGAUAAGACCUUUUUCUACAACAAGCAGUGCCUUGGCCAUAAUAUUUCGGGGGGAACAGGACUUUUUAAGAAAAAAGGAAUACAAAUUGAACUGCACAACCAUUUGAACCGAAACAACAAUGUCAAGAGCAACAAGAGCUUAUUUUUCAUUUUUUCUCCAUGUGAUUAUUUUUUACGUUAAUUUCGCAUUUUCUUUUUCGCAGCGAAAGGGUUAAAAGGUGUUUCAGUGCUUCUUCAGGUAGCCUGUCGGGUUAGAAUUCAUCAUAUUUUCAAAAUGGUCUUUGUGUUAAUCACUAUGCCUGGCACAAUAGUCACUAUAGUCUUGAGGGAGAACAACCAGCAUAAGUCAGUGAUAUUAGAUCCUAAGUAAUAGGGUUGUAAUACCGCUACCUAAUCUCAUUGCACUAUUAAAAGUGGUGCAGUGCAUCGAAGUCCUCACUCCGUCAACACUUCAGACUGGCCAGACGUCCUCCCGCUGAUUGUAGACCUAGUUUUACGCGCCACCUGUUGCUGUAAUAGCUCACAGGACCAACGAAACUCGGGGGAACUUCUUGUAUUUUGCCCAUUCUAAUUUUCUUCACCGCGCUUCGACACUUUGCACUGGAUAUGUGGUGGAUGCUGUAUCCGCGAUGGAUUUGGUUUCUUGUCGGACACCUCUGCUUCCUGCGGCUAGACUUUCGCGUCAGGGCGAUGGCUUUGCCCAAGCUCGUUUACUCUCACGCGGGAAUGUGUCCCAAUGAAAUGAACCCGAACCUGUGGGUGGAUGCCAUGAGUACCUGCGAGCGGGAGUGUGAAUCCGAUCGGGACUGCGAAACAUUUGAGAAAUGCUGUGCCAAUGUUUGCGGAAACAAGAGUUGCGUUGCAUCUCGUUACUUCGACAUCAAAGGCAAGAAGGGGCCAAUGGGGAUGCCGAAGGAGGCCACCUGUGAGAAGUUCAUGUGUAGCCAGCAGGGUUCUGAGUGCGACAUCUGGGACGGCCAGCCCGUGUGCAAGUGCCGCGACCGCUGCGAGAGGGAGCCCCACUUCACCUGUGCCUCCGACGGCAUGACCUACUACAACAAGUGCUACCUGGACGCAGAGGCCUGCUCCAAGGGGAUAACUAUCACAGAGAUGUCCUGCCGCUACCAGCUGCCCUGGUCCAACACCAGCCCUCUGCCCGAGGAGACCACCCUGAACCCCACCACCGCCCAGCUGGAGACCACCCCAAUGGAUAUCCAGCUACCCAUGAUUACCAACAAGCCCCUCCACCAGACGGUGUUCGUGGGGGAGACUGCCAGCUUUUUGUGCGAGGUGGUGGGCCGCCCCAAGCCCGAGAUCACCUGGGAGAAGCAGCUGGCCGGCCGCGAUAACCUGGUGAUGCGGCCCAACCACGUGCGCGACAACGUGGUGGUCACCAACAUCGGCCAGCUGGUCAUCUAUAACGCCCAGCUCCAAGAUGCCGGUAUCUACACCUGCACGUCCAGGAAUAUAGGUGGCUCGCUGAAGGCCCACUUCCCCCUGUCUGUGGUGAAGCGUGAGCAGGUUGUGGCGGAGGAGGGGCAACAGAAGGGCAACAGUAGCACUCGACUCCCCGCUGAGGAGUGUCUGAAGCCGCCCGACACAGGCGACUGCGGCGAAGAGAGGAUGAGCUGGUACUACGAGGCCAAGAGGAACAACUGCUUCGCCUUCACCUACAGCCAAUGCAACAAGAACCGCAACCACUUCGACAGCUACCAGUCCUGCAUGCUCUCCUGCGGGGCCGAGCUAGCCGCCCCCUGCUCCCUGCCCCCUGUGCAGGGGCCCUGCAAGACGUACGAGCCGCGUUGGGCUUACAACCAGGACCUCAAGCAGUGCCAGUCCUUCGUCUACGGUGGCUGCGGAGGCAACGAGAACAACUUUGACAGCCGGGAGGCCUGCGAGGACGCCUGCCCCCUCCCCAAGGGCAGCAACUGCAAGGCAUGCAAGCCACGGCAGAAGAUGGUCACCAGCUUCUGCCGGGCAGACUUUGUCGUCCUGGGGCGCGUGACGGAGCUGACGGAGGACCAGGACUCGGGUCACACGCUCGUCACCGUGGAGGAGAUCCUCAAGGAUGAGAAAAUGGGCCUCAAGUUCUUCGGCAAGGAGCCACUGGAGGUGACGCUGCUCAAUGUGGACUGGAACUGCCCGUGCCCCAACAUCACCAGCACCGACGGCCAGCUCAUCAUCAUGGGCGAUGUGCACAAUGGCAUGGCCGUGCUGCAACCCGACAGCUUCGUGGGCGCCUCCUCCACCCGGCGGGUGCGCAAGCUCCGCGAGGUCGUCAGCAAGAAGACCUGUGACUUUCUGAAGGAUUUUAGUGGCACUUAGGUGAGGAGGGUGACCUUGUGCAUCCACAUGCCCUGUGAACUUCUCUGACUGGCACCGGGUCUCAUUGCCUUCUUGAGUCCAUGAUGGAUCAAGCCCUCCCAGGAGAUGUAAUGAUGAAUUUAAUAUCAACAUUUCACAAAUGGGAUUUGAAAUAUGUUUUUAUCAAAGUAGUCAAAAUCAUAUAUAUAUCAUGUAUCUAACUGAUGUAUAACUGAUUGUUUCAUCUUAUAUAUCCUUUAUGAACCUAGCUUUGUGCAGAAACUUAACUUUUCUUUCAAGCACUUAUCCUGUAAAAGGCAUAGGUAUGAAUAUUUUAGUGCAACUAAAAUUUUUCUCAAUGUUGUGUUUUAAACUGAAUUUUUUCUUCUUGUCAAAAGUACAUGUAUGCCUGCUGGGCAAUAAUUGAAAAAUAAUCCAUAGCAUGGUGACUUUCAGUGGAGGGGCAUUCAGAAUAGCAACAUGCAGUAAACAUUUAACUUAUAUUCUGAGUCAGUUCUCAACUGAUAACCAUAAAAAAGGUUAUUUUAUAUAUCAAAUCAUUAUAUGAUAACAGAACAUGUAAUGUUUAUGUUCUUGCACCUUGUAAUUCUAUUUUAUGAAAAGAUAUACCUACUCUGCUCUUUAACUAUAUAUCACUUUCUGUAUAUUUAUUUGGUUUGUUUUCUUAUCAAGCUGUAAUGUAGUAGUUGCUUUUCAAGUGACCUUUCAAAAUCCAGAAAAAAAUCUCUUGUUGAAAAUGUACAUAAUGUGAGUGAGACAGCCUCCUGUGGAAGAGAUUAAAGCAACUCAAAGUGAAAAA